CUUUGGGGGGGUCGCGUGGCUCUCCCGUCCCGCUUUCCUGGCCGAGGCGACCCAGCAGCCGUUGGGAUCCGGUGGGGAAGUUUCGCUCCCCGGUUUCUCUCUCCGGAGGGGAGCGGCGCGGCUCCUCCUCCCUCCGGCUCCCCCGGAGAAAAUCGGGAGUUUGCUCACGUUCCCAAAGUCGCGGUUACGCCACGAAGAGCGCCUGGGCCGCGCCGGGACCAGGGAGGGGAGAGCUGUCUGCCUACCUGGCCGCCGCAGAGGCGACUCAGGCCGGAUCCCAGCUGGUUCCUCUCCGCAGAAAGGGUGGGGCUGCCCCUUGCCAAGACGCGAGCAGCCAUGGCGAAGAGGAAUGGGGGCUGCCAGCACUUCUGCACCACCUGCCUGCUGGGGCUGUUCGGCUGCCACUGGACCCACAAGAAGAGCCUGAAGACGAGCAAGUGUGACUCCGCCUGGUUCUUCCUGCUCUUCUGCAUCGGCCUCCUUGCCCUGGCCUGGCUGUACGUGGCCCUGGUCACGCUCAACGACUUCCACAACUUCAAUGAGUUCAUCUUCCAGAAGACAGAAUGGUGGCUGGACUGGUCAGUGGUGAUGCUGUGUGUGACAGCCACGCUGGUCACCUACUCCUCUCUGCUGAUGGUGUUGGCCCUCUGCCUCCAGCUCUGCCAUCAGCCCCUGAAGCUGCAUUGGCUCCACAAGGGCCUCCUGAUCCUGACUCUGCUGAUCGUAGUGGCUGCUUUUGUGGGGCUGAAACUUCAGUGGUCAGAGCAGUGGGAGAGCGCCCACAUUGCCCUACAGGCGACCGGCCCCUUCCUGCACAUUGGAGCCGUGGCGGGUUUGACGAUGCUUGCCUGGCCAGUAGCAACCUGCUUCUACCGCAUCUCCCACGCAGCUCUCCGGGGCGUCAUCCUGGUCUUGUAUCUGGGCGCAAUGCUGGCUUUAUACCUGGCCCCCCUGGGCAUCGACUCCCCCUGCUUCCUGGAGCAGAGCCAGCUCCCUCCCAAACCGGCUCUGUUUGGGCACCGCGGGGCUCCCAUGCUGGCACCAGAGAACACCAUGAUGUCCUUCCAGAAGGCGCUCAACUGUGGCCUGAGCGUCUUAGAAACGGAUGUCCGGGUGAGUGCCGACGGGAUCCCUUUCCUCCUGCACGAUGAGACCCUCCUACGGACGACAAAUGUGCAGGAGGUCUUCCCCACCCACAGCCACGCCAAGGCCACGGCCUUCAACUGGACGCAGCUGCAGCAGUUGGACGCCGGCAGCUGGUUUUUGCAGAAGCAUCCCUUCCCCACAGCCUGGAGCCUUUCAGAGGAAGGGAUGGCCCAGGCCAGGAGGCAGCGCAUUCCGUCUCUGAGGGAGCUGCUGGCAGAGGCCAGGAGGCACCAGGUGUCCGUCAUGUUUGACCUGUUGCCGCUGGAAGACCCCCACUACGAGCGCCUGGUCAACAUCACAGUGGAGACCAUCCUCCAAUCGGGCAUCGACCAACAGCUGAUCCUAUGGCUGCCCAAUAAGUUUCGGGAGGAGGUGAGACUGUGGGCACCCAGGUUCCAGCACAUCUACGGCCCCGAGAGUUUGGACAACAAGACCAGGAGGCUCCCGCGAGUCAACCUGGCUUACCAAAAACUGAGCAGCACGUUAAUCAGGGAAUACCACCGCAACAAUAUCUCAGUCAACCUGUUUGUGGUGAAUGCUCCGUGGCUCUUCUCCGUCCUCUGGUGUGCUGGGACUUCUUCGGUUACCACCAACGCCUGCCAGGUGCUCCAGAAGAUGCAGCACCCGCUCUGGCUGCUGCCUCGUGGCACCUAUCGAAUGAUCUGGAUUGUGACCGACUGCGCCUCCUUCCUGCUGGUUCUCUCGGCUUUCCUGCUGCUGGAAAGAUGGUCUCGGAAAAAGGAGUCGAGAGGCUCCAGCUCCGAUGUGCUGCUGACCAAGAUCCACAGCCUCUUGUCCGAGUGAGGCGAGAGCGUCCAGAAGCCCCGGGCUUUGCCCUCCCCCCCCCCUGCUACUUUUGGCAGGACUCCCCUCUUUCAAAUGCUUCUCUGGGAACAGCCUGUCCUUCGCGCUUGCUGGCAGCGGCUGCUGGGAUCGGUUUCAGGGGCCUGCAUUGCACAGCCCUCCAAGGAGCGGAGAGCAACUUGGAUGCAGCCUGCCUUCUUGGAACCCGGAGCCUCCCCACAUCCUGGGACUGACCGCUAGAGCCUCGGGGUGGAAUUAGGGCGCUACCAGCUCUCCUGUGGGACACGGUUUCUUCUUGAAGUGGGACUUGGAGGAUCCUGGACGUGCCCAAUAAAGCUGUUUCUACAGGCUGGGAAA